AUGAAAUCUCCAUUCAGCAAAGGCUGCGCGUCGUUGGCCGAGAAAGUUGCGCGACAAGUCGCUAACACGCGCUCCCUCACCCAUCAUGGUUACCGCGGCCCCAUCGAAGUGGGUGAUUUCGUCUGCCUGAUCGACCCCUACACCGGCCAGCCCGAUCCGAUUGCAGUCAACCAUCCCGAUGGGAGAGGCAACACAGUCAUCCGUGACUAUCGAUCCCAAAAGGACAUCAGCGAAAUCAUGCCCUUGGACAACGGCCGUGCCGAGUGGGGCAGGAAGGGUGAGUUCAAGGGUUUUGAGGAGUCCAUCGCUGCCGCUUGGAUCUGCGGCGCCAAGCUUACGAGCAAGACCUUCAACACCGCCGGCAAAGAUGCUUUCAUGGGAGCCAGGCUGGGCGAGGGAAACGAGGAUGUUUUGGUGGAAGAAGAGGAGGCGCCGCCGCCUGCUACUAUGCAGUUGGGUCCGACGCCUUACUGGAUCAGGGAAGCGAACGAGAUAUUAGGCAUUCCGAAUGAGGCUGAAGAUGAUGCAGAGGGCUUGCUUGAAUACCAUGACUUUUAG